AUGUCCUUGUUUAACACCAGCCACUACUUCUUCUUCAUCACAGUCUUUCCAUGGACCUUUCUCAUCUUUCUCUCUCUACCCCUCUCCCUCUCCUCCUCCUCCAUUCAUGACCUUCUUAUCUCCCAAGGCUUGCCAGCAGGCCUCCUACCAAAGGAGGUCAAGUCCUACACUCUCUCUGACAAUGGCCAGCUCCAAGUCUUCCUUGAUGGCCCUUGCCUGACCAAGUUUGAGAACAGGGUCUUCUUUGAAAGUGUUGUGAGGGCCAAUCUCAGCUAUGGAAGCCUCAUAGGGGUGGAGGGCUUGACCCAAGAAGAGCUCUUUCUAUGGCUGCCAGUCAAAGACAUCAUUGUGGAUGAUCCAAGAUCAGGCCUCAUACUCUUUGACAUUGGGGUUGCUCACAAACAGCUCUCUUUAUCACUCUUUGAAGAUCCACCUGACUGUAAACCCUCAUCAGGUGUGUUGAAGAAUCAUGUGAGGAAGGAAAAGGCAGGCUUUGAGGGUCUGAGAUAG